ACUCUAUCUACCUUAUACCGCUACCUCUGCAACUGCUGCAUGGCGUGUCACCUGGUGUAAUAUGCAACUGCAAUGGAAAGGGCGCACCUAUAGAGCUACUCGGGGAGCAUCUCACACCGCAAGCCGUCACGUAUGCCGGAGACCUUGCUCGUUCUCUUAAUCACUUCAUGAAGAACUGCGUCCGUAUCCUGCACUGCGUCAAGAGCCUACCGAGUACGAAGACUGUGGGGAAGUUCCUGGAUACUGCCUGUGAUAGUUGGAACGACUGCAUAAGGACGCUCAAAACUGAUAUCAUGGAGACACUUUACAAGUGCAUGAAGAGUCAAUUGUGGGCCAUCUAUAAUGGAACCGAAGUGAUCCCGUACAACGAAAUGUUGUGCAUAGAGAAGGCAGCGGACUGCGGCGCCGGGCAAGUAGGAAGCAUCGCAGUCGGCAAGCUACAGAUAUUGUACCUGAGGAGGCUCUUCGGAUAAGGCGGCAAUACGCAGCUUACGGGCACUUGCAACAACGGUAUUGCUGCUCUGCCAAGAAUGGCGACCAGGAUGAACCGUUUGCGAUGUGUGAAAAAUAAAAGAUUCUGUCAGUUCCGCGCAAUGCAGUGAGUAGGCAGAACAUUGGAACAAUAAGGAUGAAUAAACAAAGAGUCGCUCGCUCAGA